AAAUUAGCCAGCAAGAUGAUCAACGUGGAUGACUAUGCCAUAAUCAAGGAAGGAAAGGCAGAAAUCCUUACUCCCAAGGAGGACAAGGUCUUCUACAAUCCAAUCCAACAGUUCAACCGUGAUUUAUCAGUCAUGGCCAUCAACGCUUAUGUUCAAUUGAGAAAUGAAAAUAAAGAAGAACAGAACAGUAAACGUCGCAAGGUUGACCUCAGAGCUCCCAAGAUCAACAUACUUGAAGCCUUGAGUGCCACAGGAUUGAGAGCCAUCAGAUAUGGACAUGAGAUCGCACAGGUAAACAAGAUAGUGGCCAACGAUUUACUUGCUGAGGCAGUCAAGUCCAUUGACCGUAAUAUCGAAUACAACAAGCUAAACCAUGUUCUCCAUUCAAACCAAGGAGAUGCUAUCAAAUACAUGAAUAGUAGUGGCGAGAAGUUCCAUGUGAUCGAUUUAGAUCCAUACGGAACCGCUACCCCAUUCCUCGACAGUGCUAUACAAGCUAUCGAAGAGGAUGGCAUGCUUUUGGUCACUUGUACCGAUGCUGGAGUAUUGGCCGGAGCUGGAUAUCCAGAGAAGUGCUUUGCAUUGUACGGAGGUAACAACUUUGGAAGCGCUUUCAUCAAUAGUGAGGCUAACCACGAAGCUGGUAUACGGCUUAUUUUGCAAAUGAUAGCCUCAACCGCUGCCAAAUAUAAGAAAUCCAUCGAGCCUAUGUUGUCGCUCUCUAUUGAUUUCUACUUCCGUUUAUUUAUCAAGGUCAGAACUCGUCCCAUUGAGGUCAAGCAGUUGAGUAGUCGUACCAUGAUUACGUACGGGUGCAACGGUUGUGGACAUAAGGUGUUACAGCCCUUGGGAAGAGUCAAGGGAAACAAAUUCCAAUACCCUAAGCUUGAGACUGUCAGCAGCGAGUGUAGAUACUGUAGUUCAUAUUACACAGUGGCAGGACCGAUGUUUUUGCCUCCAUUGCAUAACCAUGAGUUUAUCGACAGAAUAUUAAAGAUCAAUCUGGCCAGCGACAAAAACGUAUACGGAACUACUGAGAGAAUCAAGGGGAUGUUGACGUUGGCCAAGAACGAACUCGAUGCUCCUUUCUACUUCAACUUGAGCCUGUUGGCAUCAAUUUUCAAGUCCAAUCCUAUACCUAUACAAGAGUUUGCUCGUGCCAUCGGUAAUGCUGGCUACAAGUUGUCACUCACACAUGCCAAGAAGAAUAGUGUCAAGACAGAUGCUCCGUGGGAGACAGUUUUAGCGAUCCAAAGAGCAUGGUUAAUCGAUUCCAACAAGAAAUAUUUAGAGGAAAAUAAAGACAAACCAGAUUUAACUGAUAAACAAAAGGACAAAGUCAAUCAUCUUCAAGAAGAUAUUGCAUACAAUGGUAACUUAGGUGACCAUUCUACAGGCCGUAAAUUACUCGAAUAUUUUGCAUCCGCUGGUUCCACCACUUCCAGUGAUGAAAUCAACUUCAAAGACGACAACGAUCAGAGUGAACAACUUCACAAGUUGAGAAAGGUCAAGAUGGUUCGCUACCAAGAAAACCCCACCAAGAACUGGGGACCAAAGGCUCGUCCUUCGUCGAAGUAAUUGUAUUGUAUAAUUGGCACCGUACUUCUAUAGCAUUCAAUACAUUACUAUAAUAGUAAA